AUGCAGGGCGAGGCCGUGGACAACAGGCCCGGCACGCGCCUCACCGACGGCCUCGACAACCACCCCGUCAUCCCCUACCCCGCCGCGCCCCGCGCCGAUAACGCGCUCAUCAACGGCAACUGCGAGUCCCCGCCGCCUCCGCAGCCUCCCGCAGUGCCCGCCCAGCCCCCCGCCGCCUUCCAGGACGCCACGGCGUCCGCCUCGCCCCCCCGUGGCACCAUCCAACCACCGCAGGCCUUCCGCGACCCCGCCCUGCGAGCCUCGCCCUCCAAGAAGCCGAGCAAGCCCCUCAGGGCCGCGCACGCCGCCUCCAAGCUGCCCAAGCCGCACCACGCCGCCACACACGCCCCAAAGCCCAUCCUGAAGACGUCCCCGCGCGCCUCGCCCCUCCACGCGGCGACGCAGCCCCCGCAGCCCCUCCAGUACACGGCACAGCCCACGCCGCCCCCCCGCGACGCAGCGUUACCCUCCCCGCCGGCCAGCGACACAGCACCAGCAACACAGCCCCUCCAGGUCGCCGCUCAGCCCCCGCCAGCCCCGUUCCAGGACACAGCACAGCCCGCGGCGCCUCCCCUAGCAGCAAUACAGCACACAGGGCCACACAGAGACACAGCAACACACUCAGCGCCCAAGAAACCAGCGCAGUCCCCACCACCGCCCUUCCUGGACACAGCACACCCUCAACCCACAACACAGCCCACGACGCAGCUCACACAGCCCUCCAGAGACACCACACCACCGCCACAGCCUCAAGACACAUCCGAGGCAGCAACGCCGCCUCCCGCGAACCCUCGGAUGAACGGCCCUGUGACCAACGGCUGGGAGGAGGAGCGGAAGGAGGAGAGUGGCGGGAGGGAGGCGGAGCAGUGCAGGGACAGCGCCUCGAGUCUGGAGGACAAGGGCCGGUCUGGGAGCGAGGGGCAGAGCCUGGACGACCUGGCGGCGGGGCAGGAGGAGGCGGAGAGGGGACGCAAGGCCAGCAAGGUGUCGAGGUUCGUGCGUAUGUUCAACAGGCGGGACGGGAGCCAGAGCCAGACCCAGACGGAGGCCGCGUCGGGGGCGGGGACGGAGCGAGCCUCGGGGCGCAGGAGCCAGAGCCGCGUGUGGGCCAUGUGUCUCCAGGCCCAGAGCCCCAACAACGAGGACGACGACCUGCCCUCCUCCUGCGAAGUCAUCAAAUGUGAGACGCAGCUCGACCAGUGCUCCAGGGACAGUGCCGCCUCCUGGGCCGACACCUCCAGCCUGGGCACGGAGGACACGCAGCAUUCACUAGACAGCGUGACCGGCGCGGAGGACAAGCGCCGGUCUCUCAACAUCGAGGUGGAGGACAGGAGCCUAAUACGAAGCUGCGGCGGCCGGAGGUCAUUCGACAAGCCGCAGAGUCGCUCCCGUCUGGCCGCCAAGCGAUCCAACACUCUAGACGACAUGGACGACGCCCGCCAAGCCGCCAGGUCCUCAAGGACACUCCCGGCCAAACCAUCAACUGUUGGGGGCACAAACAGCGGCAGCAACAGUCCCUUCUACAGGAGGUUCUACAGCCACUGCAUGGUGCUGCCGAACAAGAAGCGGAAGAAGGGGAAGAACAAGACCACAGGGAACACGGAAAGCCCAAGCAGGAAGAAGGAGGAGGUGAGCCAGAGUAGUGAUGCUGUGAGUGAGGAGGAAAGGAGAGCUAGUGAGGGAGAGGUGACGAAAAGGGAGACAGAUAAGGUAGAGGAGAGUGCGCCGAAGUCCUCUCCAGCUAAGAGGAGCAUCAAGGAGCCCGAAGAGGAACCAGAUGACUCUCCAAAACGGUUCCCAGUGAUUGACGGGUUUCUGGCGGAGAUCAUGGAGAGUGUGACGCUAAUGGAGAAAAGCAUGACGGAGGAUGAGGCGGAGGAUGACGACGAAGGGGAGGAAGGAUGCAACUUGAGCCCUGGGGAAGCUGGGGAGGCUGGGGAAGAGAUAGAUGGAGAGGACCGAAGGAGCAGUCUUGAGUUGCUUUCCGAGGGUGGCUGUCGAGUGAGUUCCCUUAUAUCCAGGUUCGAAAAGGGAAGUUCGUAG